CACUCUCUAUGCAAGUGUAUUUUUAAACAUUGUCAAAGUAUGACAAAUCAAUUUUAAUGUAUACAGACUCGAAUAUAAACGAAAGAUUAGAGAUUGGAAUCAUUCCUGAACUACUGUUCUCAUGACACAUAAUUCUCGUAGUAUCGAUGUUAUAUUAUAAUUCAGGUAAAUUAAUGACAUGAAGUUACUAAAACUAUCAUUAAUAUACAUAGCUUCAUUGCAACUGUGUCAAACUUUAGAGAAUCACGGCGUCCGUAAAAAAAGGAAUCAUGAAUAUACUCGAGUAGUUAACGAUCAUAAUCCAAUCAUCCAAAUAGGAAAUCUUAAAGAAAGACCUAGAUUCGUUCAGGCGCAUACCAUACCAAUAAAUGUGUUACCACAAAACAUUUACAAUUUAAAACAAAUACCUAUGAUGCAAACUAUCCCGAAAUCUGUUAAUCCCUACGUUGAUAAAGAUUUAACAAGGAAAGCUUUUAUUCCAAUAAAAACAGUACAGUUAAAUAACAAAAUACCCGUCAACUUAGUAGCGCCAGAAAAGAAAGAAAAAAUAGAAAAGAAUAAUGAGAUUAAAAAUAACACAUCUACAGAAAUAAGUUGUAAAUACAAAAAACAUGAUUAUUUUGAAAAUGAUAUUGAUGUAAGAGAUAAGAAAUCAUUACAAGUCAAAAUUAAAUUGCCUGUUUCAAAUACGACAAACCAAAAACAAACUACAAAGCAUUAUAACAAGGAUUCACAUGAUACUGAUUCCGAAUAUCUAUUAAGAAAUGUUGACAUUAGGGCUCUAAAAGUCAAGGCAAAUUCGUCUAUCGUUAAAACGAAAUUAGACAGAAAUAUAAAUAAUGAUACAAGAAAUGUUACUAAUAAUGGAAAGGAAUCUGUUAAAAAUGCAACUAAAAGUACAACAGAUGUUGUACAUAAAAUAUUAAAAUCUGGUAACAACAAUUUAAAUUCGAAAGCAAACAUGGAUAAUGUCCUAACUAAUAGCAAGCGUAAAGAAAAUAAUACCGAAACUAAAACAAUGGUUAAUGAUAACAAUUUAAAAGACCCUGAUAUCGAAACGGAUGUUAAUAGAAAAGAAAAAUAUAAAUUAUUAGCAACGAAACCUGUCACAACUGGUUCUGAAGUAAUGGACAAGAUUAAAUUUGUAGUCAAUAUAGAUUCGAAUGAGGUAAAAUCAUUUCAAUGCGAUCCUAGUGAUAGAAUUGUAAUUAAAAAUCGUAAUUAUGAAGAGAUUAUAGAGAAACAAAACACUCCACCAGCGCAAAUUGAUUAUCAAGAUGAUAAUUAUUAUUAUAAACCUGAAAACACUUACGACCAGGAAUAUUUCAAUGGGAAUGUAUACGAUACAAUGUCGAAUACAAAUUCAUACAGGCCAGAUAUUACAUUCAUCAAGUCACCUUAUGAAUACCCUUUUGCAGAUCAAAUAAACUAUGAAGAAUUAUAUAGAUACAAACAAAAUGAUGCAUUUUCUAGGAAUUGUGAAAAGAAAAUUAUUCCUAAUGAUAGAAUUUGGAGAAAAUGGAACGAUGUAAAGAUUUCUGUACAAACUAAGGAUUCUGAUGAACCCGUAGAUUCAAAAAUGUAUACUCUAAAUGAAAAUCAAGAUAAUAAUGCUGUUAAUGAAAAAGUUUACCAAAGAAUGCUAGAUAACAAUAAUUAUUAUUACAGAUAUAAAAAACAAAAUAAUAACAUGAAGAUGACAGUGUAUCCGUGCUACUUAUAUCCUCAUAAUAAUUUUUAGGAAUGUUAACUCUUUGACUUUCGUGCUGCAGGUUUUAUGUUUUAUAAGAGACGGUAAUAAAUCUGUAGUUACUGGUGAAACCUGGUCGAAACGUCGAGAUAAUUCAGGUAAAUUGCCAUAGUUUACCUAUAUACCAGAGAGAGACUUUGUACAAGUCGUUUGCUUGGAUACCUCUGUCCCAUUCGUAUUUCAACCGUAAAGCAGUUGUGUUUGCAUGGCUGUGUUUCGGCUUGAAGGAUGAGAUAUGGCGUGAAUUUACAGGAUACAGAGGAAUAAUACUUGAGUCUUCAAGAAUGGUAACGCAUGGGGGGUAUGGGGAGCAAACAGUAUACUCUGUUAUGUCCAUAGUAUUGCUCAUGUCUAUAGGCGAC